AUAGAACCCGAAGCUUUUUAGCUGUAGUGAAUGAAAAAGGGAAGACCACCCUUCCCGCUCAUUCCCAAUUUCCCCUUCUUCACCUCACAUGGACUCGGCGGCAAAGGAUGAGCAACCUGCUCACGUCAAACACUUGGCGGCAUUUCUCAUCCGCCACCACUCUGACCAGCUUCACUCCAUGGCUCUUUCCCAAGACCCGAAGCUUCAUUUCCCUCUCUACGUCAAUUUUGCAGAGCUCAUGGAUGACGAUCCUCCGCUUUCACACCUCGUCUUCUCUCAACCCACCGAGUACUUGCGGCUUUUCGACGAGGCGGCUGUUUGGGCUCAUAAAGUCAUAUUGGGGGAUUUGAAUGGUUCCAAUAAAGGGAUAAAGAAAGAAUUCAUUCAUGUUCGUAUCAAUAUCAGCGGUUCACCACUUGAAUGCCCUGAGACUUUUCCGAGCAUUGGGCGUGUGAGAGUCAAGCAUCGUGGGAUUCUGCUCACUCUCAAAGGGACAGUAAUUCGAUCUGGAGCAAUCAAGAUGUAUGAAGGAGAGAGGAAGUAUAUGUGUCAGAAAUGCAAGCACGAAUUCCUGGUUUAUCCUGAGCUGGAAUCGAGAAACUCCAUAAAACUGCCAUCAUAUUGCCCCUCCCAGAGGUCUAAACCCUGUGAAGGCACAAAGUUCGGGCAUUUAGAAGGUUCUAUUACAUGCCAUGAUUAUCAGGAAAUUAAAAUCCAGGAGAGCACACAUGUACUGGGUGUUGGGGCAAUUCCUCGCUCAAUUCCUGUCAUUCUAAAGGACGAUCUUGUUGAUAUUGUUAAAGCUGGAGAUGAUGUUAUUGUUACUGGGAUAUUAACUGCAAAGUGGUCUCCAGACUUAAAAGAUGUGCGUUGUGACCUUGAUCCUAUAUUAAUUGCUAAUUAUGUUAGGAGAACUAAUGAGCUGAAGUCAGAAAUUGAUAUACCUGAUGAUGCUAUUAUGAAAUUUAAGCAGUUCUGGUCUGACUUCAAAGAUACCCCUUUGAAAGGGCGAAACGCCAUUCUACGAGGCAUUUGCCCACAAGUCUUUGGACUCUUUACUGUAAAGCUUGCAGUAGUGGCAUUAACACUUAUUGGAGGUGUGCAACAUGUUGAUGCUUCUGGGACAAAGGUUCGAGGAGAGUCUCAUUUGCUUUUGGUUGGUGAUCCAGGUACUGGAAAAUCUCAAUUUUUGAAGUUUGCUGCAAAGUUGAGCAACCGAUCUGUUAUUACAACUGGAUUAGGAAGCACAAGUGCUGGAUUAACUGUCACUGCAGUCAAGGAUGGCGGCGAAUGGAUGUUGGAAGCUGGAGCCCUUGUUUUGGCAGAUGGUGGGCUUUGUUGCAUAGACGAAUUUGAUAGCAUGCGAGAACAUGAUAGGGCAACCAUACAUGAAGCAAUGGAACAGCAGACCAUAAGUGUUGCCAAGGCAGGUCUUGUGACAACUCUCAGUACUAAAACAAUUGUUUUUGGUGCAACCAAUCCCAAGGGACAGUAUGAUCCUGAUCAAUCUUUGUCUGUCAAUACGGCACUCUCUGGUCCCUUAUUGAGCAGAUUUGAUAUAGUCCUUGUACUCUUGGAUACAAAGAAUCCUGAGUGGGAUGGAGUCGUGUCAUCUCACAUUCUUUCUGAGGAAGAACCAGACAACGGCAAGCAGGAUGAAGAUUUAGCAAACAUCUGGCCAUUUCCUAUGCUCCGCAGAUAUAUUCACUUUGUAAAAGGGUACUUCAGACCAGUCCUUACAAAGGAAGCUGAAAUUGUCAUCUCUAGCUAUUAUCAACUCCAAAGAAGAUCUGCAACUGGCAAUGCAGCAAGGACAACUGUGCGCAUGCUUGAAAGCUUGAUACGCCUAGCUCAAGCUCAUGCAAGACUGAUGUUCAGAAAUGAGGUCACUCGUUUGGAUGCGAUUACAGCCAUUUUAUGCAUUGAAUCAUCCAUGACUACCUCGGCCAUCGUAGACAGUGUUGGAAAUGCUCUGCAUUCGAAUUUCACUGAGAACCCUGAUUUGGAAUAUGCCACACAAGAAAGACUGAUCCUUGAAAAGCUAAGAUCAUUUGAUGAUUUCCCUGAUGCAAAUAGCACGCGAUAAGCUUGGCAGGUGAGAUGCUUCGAAAGCCUUAUGUACAGAUGACAAACCUAACAUCUUGUAUUCUUUUCUAUGGAAUUAAUUAUGUACUUUUCAGAGUUUUCAUUCUGGUUGAUUUUGCAGUAUUCAUUCAUGCUGAAGUACAUUGAAUGGUCAGUAAAUUAUGAACGUUCAUUCUCAAUGUACAUUCAUUGAUAAGUAUUAGUAGAUUUUGAAUGUACAAUCUGAAUGCAACUAUUAGUUCAUUUUUCAUGUACAUUUCGAAUGAAAAUCCCGUAUGUACAUUAUUUAAUGGAUGUGUAGACUUUAGGUCCAUUAAUAAGACCCUUACAACUUGAGAAAACAGUAAAACUUCCAAUCCUUGUAAUCACAGUUUAUACUUUAUAGAAGUUUUUGCAAACUCAGAAGCUUCUGACC